AUGUCUCGCCGAUCGCUGACUCUCUUGAAGAAUCUAGCUAGAAGCGCGAAUGGUUCGGGUAUCCAGACCCGAUCCGUGACUUACAUGCCCAGACCCGGCGACGGAGCACCGCGAGCAGUGACGCUGAUUCCCGGCGACGGGAUCGGUCCGCUGGUGACGAACGCGGUGGAGCAGGUGAUGGAAGCGAUGCACGCGCCGAUCUACUUCGAGAAGUACGACGUCCACGGAGAAAUGAGCCGCGUGCCGCCGGAAGUGAUGGAGUCGAUUCGGAAGAACAAGGUGUGCUUGAAAGGCGGGCUCAAGACUCCCGUGGGUGGUGGUGUGAGCUCGCUCAACGUGCAGCUCAGGAAAGAGCUUGACCUCUUCGCCUCUCUGGUCAACUGCUUCAAUCUGCCUGGUUUGCCCACUCGCCAUGAAAACGUCGACAUCGUCGUCAUCAGAGAGAACACCGAAGGCGAGUACGCUGGGCUUGAGCACGAGGUUGUUCCCGGCGUCGUCGAGAGCCUUAAGGUGAUCACGAAGUUCUGCUCGGAGCGUAUAGCGAAGUAUGCAUUUGAGUAUGCGUACCUGAACAACAGGAAGAAAGUGACAGCAGUGCACAAGGCCAACAUCAUGAAACUUGCGGAUGGAUUGUUCUUGGAAUCUUGUAGAGAGGUUGCUAAAAAGUAUCCAAGCAUCAACUACAAUGAAAUCAUCGUCGAUAACUGCUGUAUGCAGCUUGUAGCUAAACCAGAGCAAUUCGAUGUCAUGGUAACGCCGAAUCUCUAUGGUAAUUUAGUUGCAAACACUGCUGCUGGUAUAGCUGGAGGUACAGGAGUCAUGCCUGGAGGGAAUGUUGGGGCUGACCAUGCGGUGUUUGAGCAAGGUGCUUCAGCAGGGAAUGUUGGGAAAGAUAAGAUUGUGGUUCAGAACAAAGCAAACCCAGUGGCGUUGCUUCUUUCAUCGGCCAUGAUGCUGAGACAUCUUCAGUUUCCUUCGUUUGCUGACCGGCUUGAAACCGCAGUGAAAAGAGUCAUCGCUGAAGGAAAAGUCCGGACUAAAGAUCUUGGUGGGCAAAGCACUACGCAACAGGUCGUUGAUGCGGUCAUUGCAAAUCUAGAGUGA